CCUCCGCCCGGGACCCCCAGCCCAGCUCCGCUUGAGCUAGGCCGCGCGGGCCGAGCGAGGCGACCGCGCCGGCCGGAGGAGCAGGAUGUCCUUCCAGGGCAAGAAGAGCAUCCCCCGGAUCACGAGCGACCGCCUUUUGAUCAAAGGUGGGAAGAUCGUCAAUGAUGACCAGUCCUUCUAUGCUGAUCUGUAUGUGGAAGAUGGUUUGAUAAAACAAAUUGGAGAAAACCUCAUUGUCCCUGGGGGCAUCAAAACCAUCGAUGCGCAUGGCCUGCUGGUUCUGCCAGGCGGUGUUGACGUCCACACCAGGCUGCAGAUGCCCGUCCUGGGCAUGACCCCCGCAGAUGACUUCUGCCAGGGGACCAAGGCCGCCCUAGCGGGAGGGACCACCAUGAUCUUGGACCAUGUGUUCCCUGACACGGGCGUGAGCCUCCUGGCAGCCUAUGAGCAGUGGCGGGAGCGUGCAGACAGCGGGGCCUGCUGUGACUACUCCCUGCACGUGGACAUCCCUCGUUGGCAUGAGAGCAUCCGGGAGGAGUUGGAGGCCCUAGUCAAGGACAAAGGUGUGAACUCCUUCCUGGUCUUCAUGGCGUACAAGGACAGGUGCCAGUGCACAGACGGCCAGAUGUACGAGAUCUUCAGCAUCAUCCGGGACCUGGGUGCCCUGGCGCAAGUGCACGCAGAGAACGGGGACAUCGUGGAGGAGGAGCAGAAGCGGUUGCUGGACCUCGGCAUCACUGGCCCUGAGGGCCAUGUGCUCAGCCGCCCCGAGGAGGUGGAGGCUGAGGCUGUGUACCGCGCUGUCACUAUCGCCAAGCAGGCCAACUGCCCCCUGUACGUCACCAAAGUGAUGAGCAAGGGUGCGGCUGACGUGGUUGCCCAAGCCAAGCGCAGGGGGGUGGUCGUGUUCGGGGAACCCAUCACUGCCAGUCUGGGGACCAAUGGCUCGCACUAUUGGAGCAAGAACUGGGCAAAGGCCGCGGCCUUCGUCACAUCGCCCCCCAUCAACCCGGACCCCAGCACUGCAGACCACCUCACCUCCCUGUUGUCCAGUGGGGACCUCCAGGUGACCGGCAGCGCCCACUGCACCUUCACCACUGCGCAGAAGGCCGUCGGCAAAGACAACUUCACACUCAUCCCCGAGGGCACGAACGGCAUCGAGGAGCGCAUGUCUGUGGUCUGGGAGAAAUGUGUGGCCUCAGGGAAGAUGGAUGAGAAUGAGUAUGUGGCUGUGACCAGUACAAACGCAGCCAAAAUCUUCAAUGUGUACCCAAGGAAGGGGCGAGUGGCUGUGGGCUCCGAUGCUGACCUGGUUAUUUGGAACCCCAAGGCCACAAAAAUUGUUUCUGCCAAGAGCCACAACCUGAAUGUGGAGUACAACAUUUUUGAAGGCCUCGAGUGCCGAGGAGCCCCCACGGUGGUCAUAAGUCAGGGCAGGGUUGUGCUGGAGGACGGGAACCUGUUCGUCACCCCCGGGGCUGGCCGCUUCAUCCCCCGGAAGACGUUCCCCGACUUCGUCUAUAAGCGGAUAAAGGCGCGCAACCGGCUGGCGGAGAUCCACGGCGUGCCCCGAGGCCUCUACGAUGGGCCCGUCCAUGAGGUGAUGGUGCCUGCCAAGCCGGGGGGCAGUGCCCAGGCCCGUGCGUCCUGCCCAGGGAAGAUCUCAGUCCCACCCGUGCGCAACCUGCACCGGUCGGGGUUCAGCCUGUCUGGGUCUCAGGCUGACGACCACAUUGCCCGACGCACGGCUCAGAAGAUCAUGGCCCCCCCCGGCGGACGUUCCAACAUCACGUCGCUGUCCUAGG